UUUUCAGUCUUUCUGUAGCCUGACAAGCAGAUGCACGUGUUGGUGGUGCUAACCUCAACUGACGAAAUAGCAUAUAUGCAAUUAAAAUAUAAAAAGCUAUUGUAAAUUCGUGAGAAAUCAUUGAGAUUUGUUGAUAAUAAGAAAAAACGACAAUGGAAGCUUGGGAGUGUGCGGAUGACAGUUUCAAACACUUGAAAACCGGCGUUAUUGAUUUUCUCGCAGGAUCACUCGGUGGAAUAGCAGUGACUUAUGUCGGCCAACCACUGGACACUGUUAAAGUGAAGAUGCAAACAUUUCCGUCUCUGUACAAAGGAAUGAUCGAUUGUUUUGUUCGUACAUUAAAAACGGACGGUAUAUCGAGGGGAUUGUACGCCGGAACAGUGCCAGCCGUGGUGGCAAAUGUUGCCGAAAAUUCGGUUCUCUUCGUGGCUUAUGGAGGCUGUCAAAAGGCAAUAGCAAGCAUUCUUGGGAAGGAAAAAGUGGAAGACAUGAGUAGCCUGGGGAACGCGUGCGCUGGUUUUUUCGCUGCUUUUUUCUCAUCUCUGACUCUCUGCCCGACCGAACUCGUCAAAUGUCGUUUGCAGGCGAUGCGAGAAGUCCAAUCGCAAAAUUCCGUCACCGGUGGAUCCGUGAAACAUAUCGGACCAUGGGCUCUGACGAGAGACAUAAUACGACAAAAUGGAGCUAGAGGUCUGUUCCGCGGUCUCUCUUCGACAAUAGCGAGAGAAAUGCCUGGCUAUUUCUUCUUUUUUGGUAGCUACGAAGCGACGAGGGAACUUCUCUCGAAACCAGGACAAAACAGAGACGACAUUGGUUGGCAAAAGACAAUGAUCGCUGGAGCUGUCGGGGGCUCUGUUUUGUGGCUCGUGAUAUUUCCAGCAGAUGUGGUCAAGAGUAGAAUACAAGUACAAAAUUUAAGGGUACCAGCGAUGGUGAUGAUGAGAGAAAUUGCGAGGAAGGAAGGGAUAGGAGCUUUGUACAAUGGCCUGAAACCUACGAUAAUCAGGACCAUGCCAGCGACCGCUGCACUCUUCGUUACUUACGAAUAUACGAAAAAGUUUUUACAUGCUUUAUAAAAUGAAAAGAUUCGAAGAAUCUCGUUACAUUGCUUAGAAUCCGAUUUUUGUUACGCGACACAGAACAAAUCGACGCGAAUGAUAAAAACUUAAUAUAUUUCCGAACAAACCUGACCUUGUGAUAAACUUUUAUUAGCGAUGUUGUCUCUAUGUUACUUAAUACGAUUUUUAUACAGUAUAUGCAGAUAAUUAUUGUAUUAUUGAAAAAUAUAAUACAUAAUUUAUGAUACCGAA